AUGACGAAUUAUAGCAACAUCCGCCGGGUAAAAAGCCAUUACGGUGCCUGGAAGUCGCCGUACCCUACUCCACAACGUCCUAAAUUUGCCUCUUGCGACAGAUUGCCUCCGGCCCAAGUCCCUCGGCGCACUUGGAGCGACUUUUUCGAUGAUGUUGUUCAAUUCUUUAUCUACCUUGGUCUCCUCAUAUUGAUUGUAGAGGUGCUUGUUCAAGUCAGACUAUACUACUCGGACCACCCACUCAGCACUAGGACAACUUCGCAAGAUCGAAAGCCAUAUUACGAAACCCUCGGAGUUGAUUCCUGGGCAGAUCAAGAGACAAUUACAGACGCGUGGCGUCGCAAAGAACAGAGCUUACACCCGGACGCUGUGGGGGACACAAAAGAAGCUCGCGAAGACUACUACCGGGUCCAACUAGCCUAUGUCGAGCUAUCUGACCCGCGCACACGAUGCUAUCACGACCAAUUCUAUGGGUUCAAACCACGCCCCUUUCGUAAGGAUGACCCAUGCACCAAGAUCUUGGUGACACAAGAGAGGAAUACCAAAAAGGAAAUCCAGAAGUAUGCCACGGAGGACGCUGAACCAGAAGACUCUAGUGCAGAAGGUCUAGAGCAAGAAAUUCCUGAUCAAUGGUUGGAGUGGAAAGAUGCGCUACUGGAGUCAGCAUGGAAGGUGAAGACGCACGGAAAAGAGGCGUGGGAAACGCACGCCAAGAGAAUCUUCUCUUGGCCUUUCUACGUUUUAGUUUUAUUGUUUGGCCUUAUCGGGCGGUGCUUUCAGUAUGUUGCUGAAAAUGAGGAGAAAUACCCUUCGCAGCGAUUAUACACUGCGUACACAUAUCCAUAG